AUGGGGAAGACCGGCAGCGCCGACACCGGGGGUAACUGCAGCAGCAACAGCAGCAACAAGGACAGCAGCAGCAGCAACAGCAGCAGCAGCAGCAGCAGCACCACGACGCGAUGCCCAACGGGUGACGGGGCCUUUCCGUCCCCAACCCCUGACGAAGCCGCAGGAGCAGCAGCAGUAGCAACAGCUGCUGCUGCUGCUGCUGCUGCUGCAGACCGAGAUGAGAUCGAAACUGCAGCAACAGCAGCAUACACACAAGUUCACGUGCAGCAGGAGCAGCAGCAUAACCAACAGCAGCAGCAACAGCAGCAGCAGCAACAACAGCAGCAGCAGCAGCAGCAGCAGCAGCAGCAAGUGGUGGUCCGACGAAUAGCUCCACGCCGCGUUGCUUCUUUUGCUGCCUUAAACCCCCGUCAGGGCGAGUCAGACAGAGCAGAGGAAGAUGCUGUACCUGCUGUUGCUGCUGCUGCUGCGUGCAGAGGCCGCAGCAGCAGCAGCAGCAGCAACAGCAGCAGCAGCAGCAGCAGCAGCAGCAGCAGCAGCAGCAGCGGAGUUUUGGCCGCCUAUUUUGCUGAGCAGUCUUCAGGGGGAGAUGCAGUUGCUGCUGCAGCAGAAGAAGUGCUGCUGUCUUCAGAUGAAGGCGAAGCUACGGACGCAGUUGAUCUCUGUUCUUCUUUGACAGCACCAUCAGCAUCAGCAGCAGCAGCAGCAGCAGCAACAACGGGUACAGGGGUUCAGAGGGGCUCAGGGGCAGCUGCACCCCGCAAUAACCGUCAGGUCGGCUUCGCUAGAUUGAGGACCUUCGAUAAAAUCAAUGAAGCUCUGCGGCUUUCUGAAGCAGAGGAGAAGGAGUUGCUGUCUAUAGCGGAGCAGCAGCAGCAGCUGCUGCCAGAUAUGCAGCGCGGCCGCUGGCUGCAGGCAUGGGUGGAGCCUUCUGCUGCUGCUGCUGCAGCUGUUGCUGCUGCUGGACCUAAGCAGGAAGGUGCAGCAACAGCAGCAGCAGGGGUGCUGCCAUUCUCUGUACAAGGACGUCUCUACACCUUGGGAGUCCCUACGCAGCAUCAUAUUUCAAUUUCUGCUGCUGCUCCUGCUGCUGCUCCACCAGCAGCAGCAGCUGCUGCUGCUCCUGCGCACCGACAGCCGCCAGCAGCAACAGCAGCAGCAGCAGAUCCUGGUGCUGGCGCAGCAGCAGCGGCAGACACAGCAGCAGCAGCAGCAGCAGGAAGAGUUGAAGUAAUUGAAGUAACCCCAGAGGCCUUGGUGCCUCUGAAGGAUUCGGCUGUCUCUGCAAGAAGAAUUAAAAUACCUGUCGGGGCAUUCAGAAGGAGGGAGGAUCUGCACAAAGGCCAGAGGCCCGUGUGCCUCCGUUUCGUUUCUGCUGCUGCUGCUUCUACAGCAGCAGACGAGGGUCACCCACAGCAGCAGCAGCAGCAGCAGAAAGGGCCUGCGGGAACGGCAGCAACAGCAGCAGCAGCAGCAGCAGCAGGAGAGGGAGUGUCUGAGGAGGAGGAGGAGCAGCAGCAGAAGACUGCGUUAUUGAAGUUCUUGUGUCUACUGGAGCAGCAAAUAUUUCGUUGGUGCAGCAGCACAUCGCUGCAGCAUUACUCUUUAGCCUGCCAUCCUGCUGCGCUGCAGGCUGCUGCUGCUGCUGCAGGCAGCAGCAGCAGCAGCGCAGCAGCAGCAGCAGCAGCAGGAGAGGAACAUGUCCCCUUCUGGAAGUACAUGCUGGAGAUCAAACCACCAGAUAUGCCCCUAGAAGAAUUUGUAGUUUGGUGCCAGCGGCCCGUGGGUAUGCCGAUCGAAGAUUACUUGAAGUAA